GUGAAGCUUGUGUGACGAGCGACUGCUCCACGUCGCGUGUAUGCCACUUUCGGUUCAUUUUCACCACCGGGUUUUAAUUGAAUUUGAAGUAUUAUCUUCGCAGAAGUAUGCGUGUUAUGUCCUCAUUGACCGUGAGUCACAAAAAGAGAUGAAAAAGGGGAGGAAGCGACUGCCAGCGAGCGCGUCCAGUGCGGCUGUCAAGAGACAUGAAGAACAAUUGCCCUGGAAGAAACAGAAGCUUGUGGACAUCCAUCAGGCUCUGAACAGUGACCCGGUGGACAUUGAGACGUUGCGGCAGGCGGCUGUGAGUGAAGGCGGUUUGCUGACCGAUGACAUCAGGAGGAAAGUUUGGCCCAAACUCCUCAGUGUUAAUGUGUACAACCUGCCUGCCAAACCCUCCAAAGAUGUCCGAGAGGACCACAAAGACUACAGACAGGUGGUGCUUGAUGUGAGGAGAUCCAUGCGACGCUUUCCAAAAGGCAUGCGUGUGGAUGAGCGAGAGGUUCUUCAGGAGCAGCUCAUCGACAUCAUUCUGGAUGUUCUGCGGAGAAACCCUCAGCUGCACUAUUAUCAGGGUUACCAUGACAUCAUCGUCACCUUCCUGUUAGUGGUGGGAGAGAGGAUGACCAUUGCGCUCAUGGAUAAACUGUCCAAUCAUCAUCUCAGGGAUUUCAUGGACCCCACCAUGGACAGCACAAAACACAUCCUUAACUAUCUGAUGCCCAUUCUGGAGCGAAUGGAUCCAGAGUUACAUGACUUCAUGAUAAGGUCUGAGGUUGGCACUAUCUUCGCCCUGAGCUGGCUGAUCACAUGGUAUGGUUACGUCCUGUCAGACUUCAAACAUAUUCUGCGGCUCUACGAUUUCUUCUUGGCCUCUCAUCCACUCAUGACCAUCUACUUUGCUGCUGUGAUAGUAUUAUACAGACAGAAGGAGGUAAAAAGUGUUGAGUGCGAGAUGGCCAGUGUUCAUCACCUGUUGUCUCAGAUGCCUCAGGAUCUGCCAUAUGAAGAGCUGAUUAGUCGAGCUCAGAGUCUCUUCAUCAGCUGCCCGCCGUCUUUACUGGCCCAGUCUGCAGCGCUACAGUCACGCAACAUCAUCGCCAUCAGCACCUUUAAGGACUUCCAGAGCUCGACACUGCGGCAGCGUCCCGACUCCAUCCUACGUGAACAGCUCCAGAAACGGCAUGAAAACCAACUCGCCCUUCUGAUGAACACUCAGCCAGCAACCACUAACCAGCUUAUCAAGAUGGCCGUGUGGGGUCUAUCGGCCACAUUAGGGGCUGCAGCGCUGGCCGUGGCCCAGACAGCCAUGGACUGGGCACCUGAGUUCCUCUCGCAACUCUUCUGAAGCGUACAACGUUAUAACGUGCCAAAUGGGUGUAUUGCAAUUACAAAUACAGUAUCUGCAAAAAAAAUCUAAUGCAACGUCAUUCAGACAUUUUUAAGUGCGAAUCAAGUUUCCAAAUAUUCUUACAGGCCAAUAUAUGUCUUAAGUGUUGGUUACAAAGCCAGAGCGAGUGAAAACAUGUCCUAUUUAUUUCUGAACAGUUUUUUCCCUUAUUUAUAGAUUUUAGCUGAGCUAAUAUUGGGCACGUGGGAGGAGUCAAAUUAGGUUUUUGUAAUCAUAAGCAUUUCUGUUUGUCGUUCUAUCAGCAGAAUGUCAGAGAAAGUGCUCAGCUGAGCAUUCUGAGCAGCCGCAGGAGCACAAAUUAUUAAAAGGGUUUUUUCCUGCUGAAUGGCGUCAGGAGUGAGCAAAGGAAAAGCUCAUUAAUGGGAGAAAACGGUUGAAGGUUGAAGACCACAGAGACUACACAACUCACUCACUGGUGAACACACAGCACUUUAAAACACCACAUUUUAUUCCACAGCCUGAACACUUAUUAACCGACACAUCCACUAUAUAUUUUUUUAGACAUGUCUUGGCAGUAUGAUGGUAUAUGUAUCAACUUGUUGAUAUUUUGCUCUAAUUGAAUACCACAAUGGAUAGAUUUAAGAGGCUGCCAGUAACUAGGACUGCUUUACAUUAUUAAUAUGUGAUUCAUUUGUGCAGUAAUGUGAAAAUUACAGAUCGCAUUGCAAGUCAAAACGAGGAAGAACUUGUUAAAGUUAAGGCAUGUAGUUAUUUCAAAAAUAACAUUUGAAAACCUGUUUGCAAACAGGUCUCCCAAACAAUCCCCCUGUUUGCCAAUGGUUGGACAAACAGAAGUCCCUCCCCAAACAUUCGCCACUGGUUGAGCCAGAAAUUAACAUGUCGAGCUGCUCAAACAAACAGAGGAAUGUUUGGAAAGCACCACACUAUUUACACUUUUUGCGGAAAAAAAUGUGUAACCAGUAAAUGGUGCUAGUUGUUAAACUUUUUGCUCCAACUGAAUAUUUGAGAGUAGGUUGAAUAUCUGUUUAGACACGUACCUCAAAGUCUUCUCUACAAAAAUGCUAUUGAACAUUUUCACCGUUUUUGCCCAGAAAAGAAAAAGAUACAGUGCAUUGAACACAUGUUGACUUUUUGUGACAGCUUGCCCCAAUAGCAGGGCAUUUUGCCACACUAAAUGGGGCAAGUUGUCACAAUGAAACCUGCCAGUAAACCAGUAGUGUAGAUUUUUAAUAUGACCAAAACAAAAUCUACACCUCUCUGUAGAUCUACGCCUGAAACAGCAAAAAUAGAAAAGGAAACGUACGAAAAAUAUAUCAAAACAUUGAUUUGGCCAACACAUAAAACUAGUGACAUUGAUAAACUGUAUACACUUAUGACAUUUAAUACACAUGUGACAACCUGCCCCGACCUGACUUUCAUGAAAAAUAUAUUUGUCCUAAGAAAACACUUUUAGACGUUUUGGCAGAAAAUCUGCCCUUAUAAUAUACCGGUAGUUGACUCUUACCUGAAUGCAUGCCAGUGUGGUUUAUUAUGUUUGCUUGUUUACCGAGAGCUACAGUUUAACAAAAAUAUGGUGAUUAUGAAAGUUUACUUCGGAGGGUAGAAUUAACUAAAAUAAUUCUAAUUUAAAAAGGUUUUUAACUAGAUGAUUAAAUCAAACAUACAAAACCUCUGCUAGAGAAAACACACAUUUGCGCUAUUGGACUUUUAACUCCAAAUCUUAUCGUAACUGUAAUAUAGCACUUUACCAAGUGACAACUUGCCCCGAUCUUCCCUACUUAUAGUUGUCUGUGAGAUAUGGGAAACUGUUUUAACUUUCCUUUACCCCUUAUAUUGUUUUCCGGUAAAAACGAGCGCCAUUUUGUGCAUCGUCUUUCCAUGUAUACUCUUUGAGGAAUAUUUCAAGAUCUACUCAUCAUAUUAUGUCAUGUUUGGGCUCGUUUGAAUCGGGAUAGUCUGCUGUAAGUUACGAUAUGUCAUUGUCUAUGUUACAUGUAUGUUUCAGGAAGUAAUAAGGAAAAACAUGACAAAAAGACACUUCUGUUUAUUAUAUUUAUGUGUGUCUGUGGGAAUUUCAUACACUAAAACUCACUGCGGUUUGACCUCUGAGUGAAACUAAUUUGCUCGUUGCAUUCUACUAAUUGAGACCUUUCCAACAGUAUAUAACACAUGGCUAUCUCAUCUUUAUGUUUUUACCAACUCUGAAUAUAAUUCUUGUGAUAACAAAUUUGCAAAUUAUGAGAACGAGAAUUGGUUAUUGGUUAUGAGAACAUUAUUUAAGAAUUGGUAGGAUCAGGUAUAUGCAUUGUAAAGUCCAGAUUCUAAGCUUUAAAAUGACACAAACUUUGUUCAGAUCAAGCAGGUGGUUAUUAAUUUAUUACAUAAUUAUUAUAUAUUUUUAAUUGUUUCUGCAGGGAGUGCCCCUCACUAGCCCGGUUCAAUAAGCUCAGUUCAAUGAAUCCUAUUUAUUAAAAAAAAUAAUAAUAAUAAUAAAAAAAAAAAAAUAUAUAUAUAUAUAUAUAUAAAUAUUUUUUUUUUUAACCUGUCUUAAUUACUAAAAAAGAAGUUGACAAAAAUAUUUAAUGCAUGCAAUAUCUUGUGAUAAUAUAUGCAAUAUGAGAGAUUUACUAACAAUCUGAGUAGGCCGGUCAUUUUUGACCGGGAACACAAAAUGCGUUAGCAAAAAACGAACAGGGUUAAGGGGUGUAAUUUAAAGUGGAGUUUCAAUGUUUACAAUUUGUGAGCAACGUCGCAACUUACUAAGACCUACUAGUAACAAUAGGCCUUUAUCACACUUCCGCGUUCAUAGAGCGGAAGCUUCGCUUAGUAGCGUAAAACAACUUCCGCUGCAGUCUGUUUCAACGACAGUGCCCACAACGCGGAAUUAUCAUGGACUACUUUAUGCACAAUUCAUCUCAAAUACUUAAUCUAAACAGACCUAACUCACCGUACAAUCAUUACUUGGGGAUGACGAAGAAAAACGACGUCAUGUUAAUUUAUGAUUUUAAACAGGAUGUAUGUGAUCAGGGUACACUUCACAAAGUACGUUUUUUUUAUUAGUUGAAUGCAAGAAUAUAUACAAACAAGAGUACAUUUACACAUUAAAGAGCAUUAGAACAAGACAAUGGCAUACGGUAAGUCAUGUAAAAAAACCCCGUAUAUUCCGAGUAAAGAUUCUACAGAGUAUUUGCGAUGAUAUUGAUCACAUUGCUUUCAAAACACUUAAACGUUGUCUCUUUGGACUUCAGCUGAACAGCGCGCGCAGCUCCUCGUGAUCUGGGAAAAUGUUGCGCUGAUAAUCGCCUCGCUCUGAUACUAUUACACAUUAAAGUGGUAGAUAACACAUAUGGUGAAGUGCUGAGUUAAUCCAAAGAAACGAUUAAAUGGCUGAUGUUUACUGCCAAGUGCAUCCAAGUUGGCUAAAUUUGUUUAGAAAAACUGCGAUCGUCCAUAGACAGAUCGAUGGGCGGAUGUUUGGUUACGCUACUAUUUGGAGCCAGAUGUGACGACACGCGGACUGUGAUAAAGGCCUAUACGUUCACUGUUUCAAACCACCUUAACUACUUCAUCUCUGGACUUGGUUAAAAUGACAGUUCAUACUUUUACAGACUGAAAGAGUGUGAACUCGUCUGAAAAGAGCAAUGUGUGUGUCACAGUGUGUCAUUUACAGACAGACUGCAGGAAGUGAUGUAAAGCGCUGAAUUUACCCCACUUCCACAGCUGGCUGCCUCUAUUUGUGCAUUGGGUGUUGAUGAAUGACUGUUAGCAGAUGCUGCCCUGAGCAGAUCAGCCCAAAAUCACCACUGCCAAAUAAAACGCAAGGAGUAAUGUGUUUGUGUGAAGGAAGUCUUCACUCCAGCUACUUUAAUGUGUUUUUAAUGUGUGAUUCACUCGUUCUUUGAAUAAUUUUGAGUGGCUCUCUCGUGUUUUCAAAGUUCUGAGUCGAAAUUGGCCAGACCGUCUUUUGUUAAUGGCAAUUUAAUUUGAGCUCUGCAGCUAUUCGUCAGGUUUGUGUUGUUUUGCAACAGAAAUAUUUUAGACGUGGUUAAAAGAGAUUGACAUUUACGGUUACAAAAAGGUAAAUUGCAAUUGUCGGUAUCAUAAGCACAGGUUAUGUCUAGUUUAAUCAGUGUCUUACUAGAGAUGGUCUAAUGAAAAUCUGUAACUGCAGGAAAAUAAUUGAUAUUAGAAAAUCCAAAUGCAUCAACACUGAAAUGGUAAGAGCCAUUGCAAAUAGAUGUUAAAGGAAUAUUCUGGGUUCAAUACAAGUUAAGCGCAAUCGGCAGUAUUUGUGGCAUAAUGUUGAUUACCACAAAAAAUGUAUUUCGACUCGUCCCUGCUUUUCUUUAAAAAAAAAUUGACUUCCAUUGUAAGUGCCACACUGUAACCAAUAUUUUUAAAUUUUUUAAAGAAAAGGAAGCUUUAAUAAGUUUUUGUGGUACUUAGCAUGCUGUCGAUUGAGCUUAAAGAGUUAGUUCUCCCAAAAAUGAAAAAUCUCUCAUGAUUGACUCACCUUUAAGCCAUCCCAGAUGUGUACGACUUUCCUUCUUCAACAGAACCGAACCGAAAUGAAGAUUUUUAAGCACAUUUCAGCUCUGUUUUGGCACUUUUCCACUGCACGUUACGGUUCGACUCGACUCGACUAUGUUCACUUUACUUUUCUGAGCUUGCUUUUCCACUGCAGUUUAGUGCCGCCUCAACGUGGGUGGGAUUAUGGGCUGAUCGUCAUAGCUGCGUCGCCCCAUCCAGCUCUCCUUGGAUCCUCUCCUCGGCUACUAACGAGAGGAACGUCUGCACCUCGUUUAUUGACCACGGCAUGGUUUUGCGCACAGCCAUUUCUUUUUACGAUUGGAAAGUCGCGUGAACAAAUGAUAUUGCUGUCGCUGUUGCUAACUUUAAAACUAGCGGGUUGAUGUCCCGUGUCGCAAAUCCAGUGACCAAUGACCAAUCAGUGAUCUGCAGGGUUUUGACAUCACAUUUAGUAUCGGCUCAGCUCGCUUGGAACCUCGACCGAGGUGGUAUUAAAAAAAAGGACCAGGUACCAGGUACUAUCCACAGUGGAAAGUCGAGUUGAGUCGAGCUGUACCGUGCAGUGGAAAAGCACCUUUUGUCCAUACAAUGCAUGUAAACAGGUGCCAUCCUGCUGCUGGCUGUUUGAUGGUCCGAAA